AUGUACGGAGAUUUCUCCCAAUUCGAAAUAGUGGCUGCGGGGAGUAGCCCCACUCGUUUCAUUUGCAAGUUUGGGAAUGUUAUACCCCGCAAAGAGGCCGCGUGGUGUUUGUUGUUUGCUAUUUUCUCCCUACGGCAGAACUUUGAUAGUUGUUUCCCCCGGAUUUCUCCACACGCCGUUGCUGCACGACAAACAUGGUUCCUGAUUGACACUGAUACGGUUCAUGCCGAACCAGUUAGAAUGAACAUCUGGAGCUCGAAGAAAGGAAUGCGGUAA